AAUAGAUUGUUAGAUAUGGCAUUAUCAAGAAUUCUUGUAGUUUGUGCGGUGGCAAUUGCUAUCCAAUUAGUACUAAUAUUUUCUUCAUCCUCAUCUUAUCCUGGUUUUCUUGAAAACCAGCCUUCUUCAUCUCGUUUACCAGCUCCAUCAAACGCCAAAUUACAGGGUGUUGAGAAGCUAGGAGAAGGGGUUGUGAAGCAGCCGGAAGACGUGGCCGUCGACGAAAACGGAGUUUUGUAUACGGUGACGAGGGAUGGGAGCGUGAUGAAGAUGCACAGAAACGGAACGUGGGAGAAUUGGUGGCAUAUCGAUAGCACUGGUUUGUUAGGGAUUACUACUACACAAACUGGCCAUCUUAUAGUUUGCGAUGCUUUUCAGGGAUUGCUUAAGGUUGGUGAAGAAGGUGUUGAGCUUCUUACAUCCCACAUUGAUGGUGCCAAAAUAAGAUUUGUAGAUGAUGUGAUCGGAUCGUUGGACGAUACGUUCUACUUCAGCGACGCGAGCACAAAAUUUGACUUUAGCAGUUGGCAACUCGAUCUAUUGGAGACGGAGCCUCAUGGCCGUGUACUCAAAUACAACUCUUCAACAAACACGACGUCGCUUGUUCUUGACGGCCUUGCGUUUGCUAAUGGCGUCGCGCUAUCUACAGACCAAGAUUACUUGGUCGUGUGCGAAACAUGGAAAUAUAGAUGUCUGAAACAUUGGCUUGAAGGAGACAAAAAGGGGCAAACAGAGAUUUUCAUUGAUAAACUUCCAGGAAGGCCAGAUAACAUAAAUCUUGCUCCAGAUGGAUCGUUUUGGAUCGCUUUGCUAGAGAGUGAUCCUAUGUGGCCAAAAAUGGUGUACAACUUGCCCGGAUUGAAAUAUUUAACAGGGGCAUUUCCGGAAUUUUAUAGCAAAUACGUGACGAAUGUAGUUGAGCAAGCAAUGGUGGUGAAUGUAGGAAGUGAUGGGAAGAUGGUGAGAGGUUUGGAUGAUCCAACAGGAAAGGUGAUGAGGUUUGUAACUUCUGCGGUGGAGUUUGAGGGGCAUUUGUACUUUGGCAGUCUUUAUAAUGACUUUGUAGGAAAAUUAUCCCUCGAUGACUAGUUCGAUUCUCUAUUGAAAAUUUGCUACGUUUACACUCUUAUUUUUACAUUGUUCAUAAAUAAAAAAAAUGGGAUGUUGUUUGAGAUUA